GAGGACAACAAGACCCCUGCCCACGGACCCAACUUCGAAGGAUGUUGCUUAUUGCACGCGUUUGGAUGCUGCCCAGACAACCGCAAGCCUGCCGAAAGACAACAUCUUGAAGGAUGUGGGUGUCAGUACUCGCUCCACGGAUGCUGCCCUGACAACGUUACCAUCGCUCAGGGAGCAGACAACCUGGGCUGCGGCUGUCAGUACACACAGCAUGGCUGCUGUCCAGACAGACAUACGGCUGCCUCUGGCCCCAACAACGAAGGCUGUGGCUGCAGCACGUACCAAUUCGGUUGCUGUCCUGACGGCGUCACCAUCGCCAAGGGACCUGAACAGCAGGGCUGCCACUGCCACUACUCCUUGUACGGCUGCUGUGGAGACGGCGUUACUCCAGCGACUGGUCCUGACGCUGCAGGCUGCGACUGCUCCUCCAGUAAACAUGGUUGCUGCCCCGAUGGAACUACUGAAGCGGCUGGUCCUAAGUUCCUUGAGUGUACUGAUGUACCUGAAAAUAAACAAGCUGCCUGCAGCUUACCCACGGACCCAGGCUCAUGUCUCAACUUUACGGCGAUGUGGUACUUCGAUAUGACAUACGGAGGCUGUUCCCGUUUCUGGUACGGAGGCUGUGAGGCCAAUGGGAACGUCUUCGCCACUAAAGAGGACUGUGAGGACGUGUGUGUACAGCCCUCACCUAAAGAAGUAUGCAACCUUCCGAGCGUAAAGGGCGCCUGUGACGGUAGCUACGAGCACUGGCACUACAACAGCACCCGCGAGCAGUGUGUUCCAUUCCUGUACGGAGGAUGUCUCGGCAACGCCAACAACUUCAAGACUAAGGAGCUCUGCCAGAAGCAAUGUGAUUCUAAAGCAGUUAAAGGGCAAUGCGACCUGCCAAUCGAGCAGGGCUCGUGUGCCGGCAACUUCAGCCGCUGGGGCUUCAACCCUGACACUCGCAGCUGCGAGCAGUUUAUAUGGGGAGGAUGUGAGGGCAACUCCAACCGGUUCAAUACUGAGGCCGCUUGUCAGAUGCGCUGCAACCCACCAGGGUCACAACCACCUCAGUGCGCAGAGCCACAGGAAGCAGGCUCUUGUAGCAAUAAGGAAGCACUCUGGUCCUUCAGUGUGUCAGAAAACCGCUGCGUACCAUUCUACUACAGCGGUUGUGGAGGCAACAACAACAGGUUCCCGUCCAGGGAGGCUUGUGAACAGACCUGUCCUGCCGCUUACG